AUGCUGCUGAUCAGCGCCCUCCUGGGCAGCUACAUGCUGGCGAGCGGCAGCAUGGUGUACGCACAUUACAAUGAAACGUCGCUGAUUCUGCGCGACAUUUUUGCCGACUACGACAAGCGCGUCAUUCCGUUCACCGACGGACCGGUGAUGGUGAACAUGACGAUCGUUCUGGGGAUACUCAUUGAGCUGCGUGAAAACGAGCAGAUAGCCGCCUACGUGAUCUCGCACACGCAGCGCUGGUACGACAGGAGGCUAUCGUGGAAUCCGUCAAAAUAUCGGGGCCAACGCGAGGUGAUCGUUCCGCAGAGUUUGGUGUGGCUGCCCAAGCUUUUCGUGUAUAACAGCUUGGAGACGAACGAGAUGCUCACCCCCAACAAGGCCGAUGUUCGGCUGUACCACAACGGCGCCGUGAAGCUGAACAUGCCGGAGAAGUUGUCGUGUAUCUGCCGCAUUGAGACAGAAAUGUUCCCGUUCGAUUCGCAGUUUUGCGCGGUGGCCUUGGCUUCACCGUUGCUGAACAUUGAGGAGAUGGUGGUACACGCCACACAUCCACCAAAAGACUCGUAUUUCACGGGCAACACCGAAUGGCACUUGUUCAACAUCACGGUCCGGCACAUGAACUUCUUGGAGGAGGGCGAGUAUCGUGUCGAGAUCCACUACAUUUUCCACCUCCAACGCCGACCCAUCUAUUACCUGACGGUGAUCGUGGCGCCGACAUUCCUCAUCUCGGCCCUCUCAAUCUUGGGAAUCUUCUCGCCCGGCUCGUCGGAUGGGCCACGAAACGAAAAGGUAUCGCUUGGGCUUGGCAGUCUGCUGGCGAUGACGGUAUUGUUGGGUAUCGUCGCCGGGGCUAUGCCGAAGAGUAAUGCGAUACCUUUACUGGGCUAUUACAUCCUGAUCGUAAUCUGCCUGUGCGCCGUCGGUGUGUCCAUCUCGAUGACGUUCCUCGCCAUCGCCAAGCAGUACAUCCAGCGAAAUGAGACACCCUCCCGACAAAUGCUCCGCCUAUUCCUGAUGAAUCCGGAUCGGAAACGGCGAUCGACCGUCUACCGCACGUCGUUCUAUCGGCCGGACUUGAUUCCGAUGGACAAGUGGGCUCGACUUGCCCUACCGCUCCCCCACUACUCCGAUAGACGGACGUUCGUCACGGUAGCGAGGGGCAUGGGAUGCGCCCCCUCGCUCAGCGCCGACGCGGACAAGCGCCCCGAUAAGGCCAAUGACCGUUUCCUCUCAUCAGCCCCUCCGAUCCCGGUGACGAUUGGAAAUGGGGUGCUGCGGAAACCGCCGAAUGACCAGAGCCUCAUCUUCAUUUUUGGUGGUCCCGGCUCUCAAAAAGGCCUGAUAAUCGAAGAGCUGGUGGCGCGGUUCGAUUUCACGCUGAUCAACGCCGAAGAGAUCAUCUUCACCUACUUGCCGCAUAAGCUGUCGCAUACGGUGGAGGGCAGCCAGGAGGUGCAGGAGAUGGUUAAGAACGAUACCGGGGCUUUGUCGCUGGACUGGGUGCUGUCGAUGGUGUCGUCCAGGAUUACGAACAAUACAAUGAAGCAGCGCUACAUCAUCGACAUUGUGCCCACGCUGCAUGCCUUUUUGAAGUCCGAAUCCUUUUUGCGUGGCGACCAAACGCGUUCGAUGGAAGACUUUGAGCGCAAGCACCCCGUGAUGUUCGCCCUCGAUCUCAACUUGUGCUCCACCGAAGAGCCAACGCAAGAACCCGAUACCGGGGGAGGGCCCGAGAAAGAAAACGGCCGAAAACAGCUGUCCAGCGAGCUGCACGCUUUCCUGAAAGGUAUCGACGAUGCAGAGAAGGGCCGCUUCGAGCGGCGAAUGGACCUGUACCAGAAGGGCUCCAGCGGCUUUCUCCACUAUUUCAACUUUACGAAACGUGUAAUACGGCUCGAUCUGUACGGGAUGCACGUGCGGAACGCCGUCCAAACCGUAUGCCGCCUUCUCGCGGAUUUUGGGUUCACUUAUUCGAAGGAGGAGCGUCGGGUGAUCCUCUUUUCGACAGAAGACCGGUUCGAGGACAUUGACCUCGAUUUCUAUAAGAUGCGAAAAGUCACGCUCAGCCACAUUUAUAAGGAGCGGAACGCAAGUUUGGAAUCCCAAAUGGCGGCCGUCUCGCGGUACGUCGCCCGGCACCCCGAUGACGAGCACUACGCCAUCGUCCUCGACACGGUCAACAAGACCGAGGGCAAGAGAACAAAGGUCAUCAACUUUAUGGAGCGCAAGGUGGCCCACCUCGACGACUUUAUCAAGGAGUACAAAAAUCGGGUGCCUUUCAUACGAGUCCCAGUUUCGCUGAACGCCAUCACGGCACCGCGGAAUUUGAUCUUUUUAUUCUUGGAGCCGUUUCCGGUGCGGUUGGCGCAGACGAUCUCCGCCCAUCUGUCUUCAAACGGGGAUAAGACUCCUUCGGAAUGUAGCACGACAUCACCAACAAAG